CACAUGCCCAUGUACUUCUUCCUCCGGGUCCUGUCCUUCCUGGAUAUUUCCACAGCAUCGAUCGUUGUUCCCAAGAUGCUGGUAAACUUCUUGUCAGAGGACAGGAGCAUUUCCUACAUGGGCUGUGCCACACAGCUCUACUUUGUGAUUUUCUUAGGAGCUACAGAAUGCUACCUUUUAGCAGCCAUGGCCUAUGACCGUUAUGUGGCCGUAUGCCACCCCCUUAGGUAUGCAAUCAUCAUGAACAACAGAAUUCGUCUUUCCUUGGUGCUGCUGUCAUGCUGCACUGGUAAUGUUGUGUCUGUGGUGCAGACAGCUUGGGUGUUCACAUUGCCAUUUUGUGGGCCCAAGAAGGUUAACUACUUCUUCUGCGAUAUUCCCCCCCUCAUCAUGCUCUCCUGCACUGACACCUCUUCAUAUGAAAAGCAGAUCAUUACAGCCACAGUGCUGGUCAUCUUUACACCGUUUUGUCUCAUCCUGGUAUCCUAUGCCUCCAUCAUCUCCAGCAUCCUGAAGAUUUCCUCUGCAGAGGGCAGACACAAGACCUUCUCCACCUGUUCC